UUUUUUUUUUUGUUAAUAUCAUGGACUCUACUUUAUUGAUUAAAAACGCUAGUGGCAAACAAUUUAGUCUUUUAAAUAACGAAGAUAGUAAGGUGAAUUCAAAAACAUCUACUUUAUCUUCAAAUUUUGAUCCUAGAAGAAAAUAUCACUGUAAUGAGGCUGGAUGUAAUAAAAGUUUCACGACUAGCGGUCAUUUGGCUCGACAUAAUCGCAUUCAUACAGGCGAAAAGAAUUUUCAUUGUCUUCAUCCUGGAUGUCCUAGUCGAUUCUCUCGUCAAGAUAAUAUGAUGCAACAUUAUCGUACUCAUCUUUGUCAAAAGAUGCGUCGACAAUAUCAAAAGAAAAAUACAAAAGAUAUGGGAAGGACUAAAAAGAAGCCUCAACUUUUUUGCCAUUCUUAUUAUGGACGUGAGGAUGAAUCAUCUUUACAACCUCUAACAGCAAGUUAUAAUAAAACUAUUACACCACAUCAUAAUUUGCCUUAUUCUAAAGUCAUUACAAAUCGUCCUAAACGCGCGCUUUCAACAUCUUCUACCGCAAGUUCUUCUUCUACAUUUUCAUCUACUUCAAUGCCUUAUUAUCAUGACCAACUUCAACCAGACCAUGACUACCCUUACACUCUCCUUCCACCACCACCAUUUAUUCCUUAUUAUCCUCAACAUAUUCAACCAGAAGAUAAUGAAUGCCAUCAAUAUCAUGAAUGGAUUCCAAAUACACAAAAGUCACUUUCAAAUCUAUUACAUUUAGCCAACAUUGUCAGUACCUUUGGAUAAACAAAUAUAUAUAUAUGCUUGGAUAUGCUAAUAUCAAUUUACGCCUUUUCACACUCUUAUAUGCACUCAUUUUAAAACUAUACUAUUUCUAUUUUAUAUUUAUGCCUCAUUUAGCAUUUUGUACUUUCUUUCAUAUUAUAUUGUAAAACUAGUAUUAUAUCAACAUCUUAACUUGUAUAAAUUGUAAAACCCUUCCCCCCUUUUUUUUGUAGUUGUUAGAUCAUAUACAUAUACAUAUAUGCCCUUUCCCUCUCUCUCUCUCUCUCUCUCUCAUUCUCUCUUCAUAUAUAUAAAUAUUGAAUUUCAAUAAUUAUGUUUAUAUGAUGUAU